AUGGAAGAACAGACUGCUCGCGCAGUUGACGCUGAAAUGACCAGCAAAGAUUAUUAUUUUGAUUCUUAUGCGCAUUUUGGUGUGUACGGGAUUCAUGAGGAAAUGUUGAAGGAUGAAGUGAGAACACUUUCUUAUCGCUCGUCCAUUUAUCAGAAUCGCCAUCUCUUUAAAGAUAAGAUCGUGCUAGACGUUGGCUGUGGAACUGGUAUUCUAUCGAUGUUUGCCGCAAAAGCUGGUGCUAAACACGUUUAUGGG